UAAGCAAGAUUUAGGGUUCCUAGAUUCAUGGCUACAGUAACCGUCAAUGGAUCCUCCUUCCAUUCUGCCGAACAGAGUCAUUCUACCAAGGAAUCGCAGAAUAAAGCGGCUAAAGUUGCUUAUUGAUCAUCUAUCAACUUCCGGUUCGAAGCAGAUCAUGAAUCCGAAUCAUCCUCUUCUACCGCAGCAGCACUAUGAAGAAGCUGUUCCGAAUCCGACCUUGACCCGUCUAUCCUCCGAGGUGACUUAGCUGACCAGAACUCAACAAAGGGAUCUAGUCUGGACCCAAUUAUGGACAAACAACAAUUAUCCAAAAGUAUUCCAUCUUCCAACUCUGUUGACCAGCCUGACGAAAAGACUGAUGUGGUAUCUCCUCAACUCACCAAAGUGGCGGAAUGUCCGCAAUUGAAGAAGCCAAUCAAGGCCCAUUGUGAUCAAAUUGAAGAGAAAGAUGUGGUUAUGGAUAUGGAUGGAUCUAGAGGUAAUAUUUCUGCUGUCUCUGGAGAACUUGUUGCAAAUAAUUACAAGUCUGCUGUUGCUGAAGAGAAAGAUGCUGCUAUGCAUUUGGAUGGAUCCAAAGACAAAGAAACAACCAUGGAGAGUGAGACUAUUUUGAAGAGUCAAGAUUUACCUCAAGUAGGAAAAUUGUCAAUGGAUCUUGGCGACUGUAGGAUGAGGAAAUGUGAUUUGCUUGAAACGUCAGAUCCAGAUUCCGAUGUCCAAGUAAAGAGAGCGAAGCUGUCUCAUCCAGAAAACGUAAAAGUUGGAGAUCAAUUACAGUCAUCAAGCAAAGAUGGGGCUGCAAAGUCCAAUUCUUCAAUUUCCUCAUUAGACCCUGUGAAACCUUAUAUGGAGCUAAUAGGACAAGCAGGUGGGACAUGUAUGGUCGAUUAUGACAAGUUAGCCAUCUAUCCUCGAGACCCGAACUUGAAAUUUCCAGACGAUGGUUCCUUUACCAUAUUGCCAUUUGAUAACGACAUGUGGGUGAUGGUUGGAGUGAAUGAGAAGAAAUAAUCAGGGCUUAAUUAGUAGUUAUUUACUGCUAAUUCUUCUUACAUGAACAUUGACUUUCUCUUUACAGAAGAAUUUUAAUUUAGUCUCAAAUCUUUUAUGUGAACUCUUGUUGAGGUUUAAUUAUUAAACUUGUUUAUCCAAUUCUCAAAUUCUGUAUUUUUCUUCAUUUGUGUGGAUUUUUUUGUAACCCCAGUUUCUUUCUGUUUCAUAUUAUUAUUAUUUUUCAUUA